AUGAGUACUUGUAGCUCUAGAGGCGGAUGCAAUCAAAUCGCUUUCCAAUCAGGCAUGUGGCAGAACCAAGCACCUCAUCAGCCAAUGCAAAUAAACCCAGAUAUGAUCAAUGGCUACCGAGAACGAUCGAUCAAAGAAGAAGACCAGCUAAGGAUGCAGCGCGAGUCUAUGGCACAUGAGAACGCGAAAGCGGUUGGGAAACAGCAGGUGGUAUCGGAAAUUGUCGCGCUCCGGGCUAAGUUGGAGAAUAAGCCCGAUAAAAGAAGCAGCAGCAGCCCCAACCCGAAGAAAUCAUCAGCAUCAACCACUCCCGCAGAGAAGAAGACGCAAAUGGGGAUGGAGGGCUAUAGACAAUCAUUCCCAGCGCUUAUGAAGGUAUUCGAGGAAUCCAAAGCUCAGAAAGCCUCGCCUCCACCGCAAUAUCCAUCCCCAUCGCAACCUCAACCACCACCAUUAGAACCAUUAAGUUUAAUAGAGAGAUAUCGGAAAUCUUACCCAUCUCUUAUGAAAAAUUAUAUACCAGGCCAUGCUCCCCAGGUUUCGGCUACUCAACAGCGGCCCCAAGAUCCUGCUUCGUCUAUUUCGACGAGGGCGAAUGGAAACACACAACUUCCAACAGGCGAGUUCGUACUUACCACUCCACAGCCGAACCCAUUUCUUCCAACAUACGAUUUCCGCAAUUAUCAUUUUAAUUUUUUGGACGAGGAAGACCUGCUCGGUGGCUUUCCCGGCUCUUUUAUCUAA